GUCCUCAGCCCACACUCUCCACCUUUUCGUCUCACCAUCUUUCAUCACUUCCAUCCCACCCAUUUCUCAUCGCUAUACCUCCCAACUAAUCUAUCUCGUCCUUCCUCCUCUCCGACUCUUCGCCUUUUUAAUAUGUCCCUAGAAACAGAACCAAUACGAAAUAUCCGUUAUACACAAGACCUCACGCCAAUGCCGCCCGAGGCGACGCUUAAGCCUAACGGGACAAGUGUUAGCCUAGAGGCAACUGCUAGGUCAGCAACAACCAAGGCAGACACCCCGAGUACGACGUCCAAUUCGCCAAUUAUAGAAAGCGUAUCGUCCCCUGAACAUAAAGCCGGCACAACUGAGGACCCUGGACAUGAUAUCUCUACGACCACUUCAGAGAGGAGACUCAGCACACCACCACCAAGUAUAUCACAAGAGCCAGCCUCGACAGCAAAGCUUGAUCACGACUCUACCAGCUGCAACCCUAUCGAUACCAGCAUUUCAAAAACGGCAGAGCUAGAGCAAGUUAUCUCUCGACUUCUUAGAGGAGAAGAUCGAGAGAUGAGAAUCCUGGCAGCAAUGGUGGGGGUGGUUUUAGUGUGGUACUGUCUACCGCGGAUCAAUUGGAGCACGAUCGUAGCCGGUAUACUGGGUGUGGGGUUGGGUGGAUUCGUCGCUGCCUUUUAUCUGUUGGCUGUGCCUGAAUCCACAAGGCUCAAGCGCGCCCGAACAAUUGCGAAUUUCGGAAAGCACCACAAUCAAGAGCUCGAGAUCAUUGAUGGCGUCCCAGUGUGGUCGAACGCGAUCGAAAAGCCAGGAGAGGCCGUCAAACCCCAGUCGGCAGAAUCCAAUGAUGGCAAGCUACAGCGUGUGUCUAUUUCGCCAGAUACAGACCUAAUGGUCGAGGAGAUGAUCUCCUUCACUCUUAGGGAUUUUGUGAACGUGCCGAUGGGCUUAGUUUCGGAGGGCCAGCACAACAUUCCCUUGCGAGUGUCUUUGGUGGCCAUGGCCAUGAACGUCUCGAAUCGUCUUUCGAAUAUGCGACUACCAGAGACAGCUCUUUUGGGCGUGUUUGGCUUGCAGAACAGCUUUAUCGUACAUCUGCGUGCUUAUCGCGAGCUACGUGCAAGCCGACUACCAAUCGCACAGUAUGUCUCGACGCAUGCCAACCCAGACUCUGUUCUUGGUCGAUGCUAUCACAAGGAGGAACGACUCAAACAGUUUAGAAGCACUGCCAAAGCUGUUUGUCAGGCAUUGCUGUCCAAGGACGACCAGCAAUCGGUGGCGCUGUUCGCGGUUAUGCAGGAAAUUAUGGCCACUCACGUUCUCGAGUCGACUUUGGAGCAUAUUUGCGACCCAGAUUACAUCAACCUCUCGAUCAUUGACUACUUCAGUACUCCUGCCGAGGGCGCCAAACCGGACCAAAACACCGCUGACUCCGCUAUUUCAAAGAGCGCUGGCACAGGAGAGCAGUCAAAGGAAGCGCCUAUGACCGCCCUGGCAGACUCGAUUUUAAUGAAUGCCGCCCAUUUGAUGGACAGAUCUGGAUUGCAGAAGCAAGGAUCCGAUCCAGAGAUCCGCCCACCUGUUCAACCAUCAACCCCUCAGCGCGCCUUGCCAUCGGCUGAGAAAUCUGUCUUUAGCGAGGGCAGCACUUUUGAUCGCCAAGGGACUGGCGAUGUGCCUCAGGCAAUAUCAGUCGUCACAUUGAAACAAGUUCUUGCGGAGAAGAAUGAGCACAUGGACACUUUCCAGGAUUUCAUGGCCUAUCUCCAGGUCUGGGACGCCAUGGAUCUCGCUCAGUUCUGGCUCAUGAUCGACAUAUUCCAUCGCCAGGUCGAGCAGGGUGUGCUCACAAAUCCGGAGGACCUUCGGCGCGAGGCGAACAACAUCUAUGAGACCUACUGUGGACAAGAUCUGAAUCAGAGUAUUGCGGGUAUUGGCGAGGCAAAAGGUGGUGCUUUAUUGAAAAACUUGAAGAGAAAUAUACAGCGCGAUCCGGCAAACUCUCUAUUAGAACCUCAGGAGUGGGCACUGAGUGUAUUAGAGGCGCAAUACUGGGUCCCGUUCAAGAUCAAGCAGGAGAGGGAGUGCUCUGAAAAGAAAGCAAGCGACAACCAGCAACGACAGCAUCCACAUGCACCGCCUAUGUCUACCAACAACAUCCGUUCAUCGCAGACCAGCCUUCAGGAAGCCUCUGAGCCGCCCGAACACCGUCGAUCAUCCUCAUCUGCAGCAGCUCGAUCAAAUCCUGCUUCUCCAACCGUCCCUACGGCAUCGUCAAGAACGAAAGCGUGUUCGGUGCAAGUGACAGAUAUGGUCAAUCGCAGACCAAAGACGCUGAUGUCGAACUCAGAUCUGAGCUAUAUGAUUGAGGUCCAGGCGGAAGGGGGACAAGGAUGGGUGAUCACCAGAGCGUUCCAACAACUUGAGCAGCUGCAGUUGACUCUUGUCCAGCAAUUCCCGGUCGUCCAGCGAACGGUAUUCCCGAGAUGGAGACUUCAGCCAAGCGACAAGGUCUGCAACGGCAUUCAAAAUUUUUUGAGUGCGAUGCUUGCAAUUCCAGAAGUCAGCGACUCAUCGGCUCUAAGGUGGUUCUUGAGUAAGGAGUUCGAGUCGAACCCCGAGACCGGCAAGUCAAGUUCUGGUUUUUCGCAGAAUCCAGCUUCAGGACUUUUAUCGGCUAUGGCGCCGCUCUCAGAGAACAGCAUAGCCAUCGGGGCCGCUGCUGCACAGGGCGCUAAGACGGCUCUGAGGCAAGCAAGUGAAGCAUCGCUCUCCGCUGGACGAUUUUUCAAGUCUCUUGGUGCUGCUGUGAGCACAGGAAGCAGUCCGCAGCUUACAGCGGAAGACAAGAGUGCACGCGAGUCUUUUGAGAGUGAAAGGAGCAUCAGGAGCGUGAGUAGCACACUGACGUUGUCUGACCAGCGGCAUCAGAACGGAACAUCUUUAUCGACCUCGGCAACUCGAAUGCAGGACGUGGGUCCGGAUUUUCACCCGCGGCCAUCUUUUACCGGCGAUAACAAUCGCAUCAGCCGGUCGCCACCGCCUCUUCACUCGACCAACUCUCAACCGCCAACGUCUAGUGAAAACGCGACACCUUUGCAGAAGGCAACUCAGCCAGGGACUAGCUCCUCCAAUGUGCACCACAGUGUUCACAUGGAUGAAUCGCGAGUUUCACCUCAGGAUCCCACACCGCCCACAUCAAUAGUAGCAUCAAACCAGACAGGAGACCCUUCAAUUGAGCCCAAGAAGCCAAGUGUGCCUCUGUUAUCGAACGACGAAUUGGACUUACUUAUUGAGACCACUUUCACGGUCUUGGAGGACAUGAUGGACUUUUCAAAGAGUCAGUCUAUCCGUCGGAUGACAUUUGGAAUGCUUCGAGAAUUGGUCCGCAAGUCAUAUCGAGUGGCAAUCAACGAGAGCUUUUCAGCCUGGGUCGAAGAAAGUACUAGUCGCGAAAAGGCUGUUGAGACACUGCGAUGGAUGAAGGAUGAUCUCUUCUGGCCCAAUGGCGAAUGGCCUAUACCACCGACAGCUUCGCCUGGAUCACAACCUGCCGCUACAACCUUUGCAGCACAAUCGGACGAAAAGAAGGAUAUCAUCAGCAUCGGAGAUGAGCAGUAUGAGGUUGGCGCGGAUGGAAUCGCAGUCAAGGUCCAGAAUUUGUCUGUCAAUAGCUCUGCAGCGGGAGCAGCGACUACUGUGGGUACGGAAGCGACAUCGACAGCCACAGUAGCUGUAGCAGUAAUGCGGACACAGGAGGAAAAGGAUGCGACAAGAGACAAAGCCAGAGAAUUGAUUAAGAUGAUGGUACCAGUGUCUCUUGCUACUGUUUUGGGCAGGGAGGCUGUCUUGCGAGGACUGAUGGAUGUAUUUGACAUGUUCCAGAUCAAGGAGCUGAACCUCGGGCUGGCGUUAAGCGCUCUCGAGAUGACCGUACGUCUCAUCUUUACACGCUAAACACUAAGAUACUAAGUAAGGUAUCUGUAGAAAAUUUUUUAGCCAUAGAGCCGAAUAAACGUUGUGAUAGGA